GUCGGUUAAACUGUUCCAAGAGUCUCCUCCUCCUCCUUGCCUGCCCGCGCACCGCGGCCACGGUAGCAACCGCCGCGGACAACACGAAGCUUACAAAAUUCCAAUCCAGACUCGCCACCAAACGGCAGAAGCGAGGGUGGGGGAAAAAGCGCAGGUCCAAAUCAAGGCUCGUCUCGUCCCCUCGCAGCUAGCUCCGCCGUCUCCCUCCCCACUCACCGCCCGAGCGAGCGGCGUAGCAGCAAAUCCCCGGCCCAAGCAGCCCCGGGAGCACCGGAGGCGCGCGGACGAGCUCGCGCCACCUAAAUUCGGACGAGGAUAGGGCGCGGCGGCGAGGAUGGGGUACCUGCCGUCCCUGGGCAGCAAGGCGGCGCACUUCGUGUCCGACCUCACCACCGUCAUCCUCAACCCCGUCUCCGAGCGCGAGCCGCCCCACCUCCCCGAGGCGGACGAAGAGCAAGAAAAUCCAGAGGAUGACAAAGAUUCGGAGCAAAAUUCUGAUAUUCCUGAUGGCCCUGAUACAUCUUCCUUUAGAGCAUUCAUGGUCUCAUUUUUGUCACCGUCUAGCUCAUUUAAGGAUUCAAUGGAGAUAAUUCCUGAGCAGGAUGGGGAGAUGAGUUAUCCAACUUUAACACCAGUGGGGAAGGCAACCAAGGGAAGGACAGGUCUGCUAAGUAGAGGGAAGCAUUCCAUUGGAAAAAUCAUUAACAAAGCGGUUAGAAUUGGCGGCUUCAAACAAAAUCCAGAGCCCAAAUUUGAGAAAGAGGUGGUAAAUCAUGCUGAAUCAGUUGCACCUGUAUUGGAGCUUGAUGAACCAAAGGAAGUUAAUUCCUUAAUCAAUUUGCCAGCUAUAUCAGAGCCAUCCAUCCUUUUGUCAGACAUGAUGCGAUCCAUGCUUUAUUCCUCUCUUCCUGUUCUCGCACAAGGAAGGAGCUGGGUUUUGCUAUACAGCACAUGGAGGCAUGGAAUAUCUUUAUCUACUUUAUAUAGAAGGAGUAUGCUUUGUCCUGGUUACUCACUCUUGGUAGUUGGGGAUAAAGAGGGAGCAAUUUUUGGUGGUUUAGUUGAGGCUCCGUUGCAGCCAACCAGCACAAAGAAAUAUCAGGGGACCAAUAACUGCUUUGUUUUCACUAAUUUACACAGCGACCCUGCUAUAUAUCGGCCAACCGGUGCUAAUAAGUAUUUCACGGUGUGCUCUGCUGACUAUUUGGCACUAGGAGGUGGAGGUCAUUUUGCUCUUUAUCUAGACUCAGACCUUUUGACUGGUUCAAGUUCAAAUUCAGAGACUUUUAACAACCGGUGUUUAUCGCAUUCCCCAGACUUUGCGGUUAAACAUGUUGAGCUGUGGGGCUUCGUCUAUCCUUCCAAGUACGAAGAGAUGCUCACGAUCUGCCGUACUGAGAAGCCAGGGAUUUGCCGAUUUUGAGUCGCAGAACCGAUGGGUGUCACAUCUGUACAGCUUUUAGUUCUUUGCAAGAAUCGUAGUGAGCAGGAUCCUGGUAGGAGUACUCAAAUGUGGGAACUUUGCCUCAUCGAGCGAGUCUGCUCAUAUUUGUAAAUGCUGUAUUUAAUUGUGUUUGUCAGCGGAGCACAGACAGUUCUGAACUACUCCUAUUGUUUUCUCAAGCGUUAUCCUUUUAGGGGAGAGUUAUUA